AUGGAUUUUCAUCGGACGGAGGACCUUCUCGUGACGGCUAGUGAUGACGAGUCCAUCCGAGUCUAUGACACGUCAAAUGCCACCCUGGUGAAGACGAUUCACAGCCGCAAGUAUGGAGUGGAUCAGGUGGUCUUCACUCACCACCCCUCAGCCGUGCUCUACUCCUCCAAAAACGGCUGGGAUGAAUCGCUGCGCUAUCUCUCCCUCUACGACAACCGUUAUCUACGCUACUUCAAAGGUCAUCGGGACAAAGUCGUCUCCCUGUGCAUGUCACCCAAAAACGACUCCUUCCUCUCAGGAGCCCUCGACCACACUGUCCGACUGUGGGACCUCAGAACGUGCGAGUGCCAGGGCUUAAUGCGAGUGAGGGGGCGGCCAGCAGUGGCAUUCGAUCAGCAGGGGCUCGUCUUUGCAGUGGCCAUGGGGGGAGGCGCGGUGAAGCUGUUUGAUGCUCGCUCGUACGAGAAGGGUCCCUUUGACACAAUGCUGGUGGGGGGAGACGAGGACGAGGUGACAUCCAUCAAGUUCAGCAACGAUGGCAACCAGAUCCUCGUCUGCACUCUCAACGGCCGCAUAUACCUGCUGGACGCGUUUGAAGGGCAGAAGCUACACACUCUCUGUGUCGUACCUGACAUUGACGGUGCCCCGUUGGAGGCCUCUUUCAGCCCAGAUGCCAAAUACGUCGUAUCAGGCUCGGGUGAUGGCACGGUGAAGGCUUGGAGUGCCACCACUGGCGCUCAGGUGGCAACCUGGGGUAACCAUGCUGGGGUGCCAUCGGUGGUAAAAUGGGCCCCGCGUCGGCUCAUGUUUGCCACAGCAUCCGUGCUUCUUGCCCUCUGGAUACCCGACUUAUCCAAGAUUCCAAGGCCUGGGUGA